CAGCGAUUCGAGCAGCCGCCCUUUCAAGAAGAAAAAGAAGGAGGAGAACUUCCGGUAGAAACAGGAAGCACGGCUGUCCUAACGGUAAACAACCCCAGUGACAGGUCUGCAUCGCGGGUUAGGGAUCACUCUGCUGUGUUCAGAAUGGGCGCUCAUCUGGAACUAUCCUCUUCCAAAUUCCCCGUCUAAUCCGGACUGGAAUCUAGUUUUGGACGCUGCACCCUGGUUUAGUGAAUCGGGCCACAAGAGAUCGGCUCGGUUCGGUGCUGUCUCGAGCAGCAGCGGCGGUGUCGGUCUUGUUCAAGACAGAUGAUGGCUCUCAGCCUGCCUCCCGCUGCCGUGUCACAGUGCUUCUCCCUGGUCUCUCUCUGCACCUCCAUCGCCGACCCCAACUGGGUCGAAGUCUCCAACAUAACCAGCGGACACGAGGCUGGCUCACAGAUCUUUGGAGUGGCUUACACCCUGCACCUGUCCCGAAAUGUCUCUGACAGAGACCCGCUGGGGGCGCUGCAGAAGACUGGGGUUCACCUCCUCAUCCUCCUGGCCGCUCUCUGCUACUCUGGAAUCCUCGUCUCCAGCGGGGCUUUCCUCUUCGACUUCCUGGGGGGCAGCAAGAAGUGGCCGAGGAUGGUCUGCAUGCUGCACGUCACCACAGCUGUGCUGUGCAUGUGCGUGGUGUUCCUGAGUGGAGCCGUGUUCAAAGUGAUCUCCAACAACCUGGAGCAGAAGGGCGAUCUGCGCGUCGUGUUCGGGGAGAGUUUCUACAUCGCUGUGCUCGCCCUGCUCUUCUCCUGCCUGGGGUCCUGCUGGAGCCUUAGUCAGCUGUACCAGCAGCGCAGGCAGAGGGGGAGCUACCUGGUCAUCGAGGACCCCGGAGAGGACAGCGAAUCCACUGCCCUGCUUAGGGAUGGAGGCGAGGUCGACUUCUCAAACUGGGACAACUGACUGAAGCUGUGCCUCCACUGUCUGAUGUGUCGCAGAGCUCCAGUGGGCUGGCUGUCUGUGUGAGGAGUUACACUGCCUCUUUCAAACCACUGUCACAUUAAUCUGCACAAGUCUGUCUGAUGUUUCGCAGAGUUCAAGUGGGCUGGCUCUCUGUGUGAGGAGUUACACUGCCUCUUUCAAACCACUGUCACAUUAAUCUGCACAAGACUGCAGGAUGUGGCGGGUAUGGACAGGAGGCUUUGCCUGAUUCUGGACAGACUGCUGCUUCUAGAAGGUAUUUGGUCAUCAGCAUAUAAAAAGUGAUGUUUUGCAUAGCCCUUAUAGAGUAAGCAGCGGGGUUCCCCACGUGUUGCUACAACUGUUUAACUGCCAUUUGUUUUCAUUGUAAACACAUUUUUUACUUAUAACUUUAAAGUCUGUUUCAAAGCGCCUUUCAAAAUGUUUGCUUAGUGCACUGAUAGUGUAAGGAUUAUUGCCCACAUUGUCAAUCAGGUAACACUGCAAUAAUGAUCCACGAUGUGGUAUUGAACAGAAAAGCCAGAGCACUUGUUAUAUAUAUUUUUUUUCCCCUGCAGUGAUUUAGAAGACAGAUCUCAAAACCCCAGUGUACUGGAGCAGACAUUUUGGAAAGAGCGUUAAAGUUAGAAGUGUAAAGUUGUCAGGAUGUUACCAAUGAAAAGAAAUCACAGGUACAUUAUUUAAUCGGUUGUAGCAACACGUGGGGACGAGUAACGCUGUAUUUUUUGGAACCCCGCUACUUGCUCUUUAAGCUGGCCUCACACUUCUCUACCUGACUGCAGUUAUCUGUCCAGAACCAAGCUGCUCUAUGGGAGGCUGUUGGGCAGAGACAGCGUGGAUAAUGCUUUGCUGCCCCUGCCUGCCCUGUCCUCGCCUCUUGUAAGCCGUAUGGAUGUAUGCUGGACCAUCCUCCUUUGGGAACCUUUUCGCUUGCCACUGGAACAAUUCAGAACACAGUCUGGACAGUGGAAACGCAGCUUCAGUCUCAGAAGCGUCACACUCACCACAAGUACAGAAACUGAGUUCAGAAGAGUUUCGAGAUGAGAGUCUCAGUUGCUCCACUUUGAUUCUCAUUCAGUUUUUGAAGGCUAAGUGAGAUGCCUCACAGCAGACAGAACAAAUUGAAUGCAAGGCAACGUCAUGUGCAGUUUGUGGUGUUAAAUGGAGUCACAGGGCAGCUUUCUUAAUAAAUGCUUUGACUGAAUGCUCGUUGUUCGGAGCAGAUUGCUGACGGUCCCUUUUGGACCCCUGCAUCAGAGUUGCUUUUUUUGCUUGAAACGGGUCAGAGGCAUCGCUGAAGGGUUCUGGUCUGGAUCACUCCAGGAACUGGAACCAGAUCAAACCUCUUUUAUCAAGAACUGCUGAAUAAGCUGGAAAAGCAUUUUUGAUGCAGAGUGAUCUGUAUGGAAACCAAGUGAGUGAGUGCAGAGGGGCUGCUCAGAGUUUUAGAGAGAUUCCACUACAGCUACAAACCCUCCAGUCCUUCACUUCCACUGGCCUGUCCUCUAAUGCAGCUGUAUUUUUCACUGCCUUUUCACUAGGCUAGCAUAUUCUCUGUGUCUGUUUGACUUUUUCCCCUAUGCUAUCAGUAUAAAACUUGUGGGUAACUGCUCAGAAUCAAGUUGUUUCUUUACUAGUUUUAUACAAUAACAUUUCCAAAUAAUGUAUUCUUAAAUUUGCACCUGCUUUAAAUUUGUCUCUCAAUCUGGAUCCUCAUCUAUGUGGUGGGACUGGUGAAUCUGCAGCAGUCACGGGAUCCCCUUUUUCUACCAGUCCUACCAGUCAGUACAGAAAGCACUGCCCCACAGGGUAAAUCACAUGAAAGGGCACUUUCCAUCCUUUCUGUAAGGUUUUCAUAUCAUCGAGGAAACUGUUCCAUAGACAUGUACCCUUUAGAAUAUGGUGUUGCAGCACAGGCCUCCCUCCAAGGUCUCAUUGUGAACCGCUGCAGGUGCCGACUUCAUGAUGUCAGUGCUAUGGAACACUCACUUUGACCUGCAACUUAAAAUGGCUGCCAUAUUGUGGUCAUGUGACUUUGGUUUCCAGAUGAAAACCAUUUUGACUUCAUGCUUGGUACAAAACUGUAUUCUUUUAUUCUCUAGGUCAAGUUCAAUUACAGGUAUCUGAGCUUCAUAUUUCAGACACCUCUGAUGCGGUGGCUUCAUAUUAACGGGACAUACAAACAUAGCAUUCUAAAUGUGUCAGUGACAUUGACCUAUAAUAUCAUAAAGCUGCAUUAUUGACAUCAUUUCUUGGUUAUAGAGGUGGUACACUUUGAUUAUAGUCGUAAUAUUUAGUACUCUGGUGCUUUCAAUGACUCAAGUCCCAUAACUGGUGUUGUCCAGUAGAAAUGAACCAUUCCACUGCCUUAUUAUUUGAACCACUAUCCAUAUCCAUCACAUCCGUUUUCCUUCCUGUUUAGAAGCUGUUCCAUCACAUAUGCCACUCCCCUUUCAUUAUGCUCCCAGGAUGCCUUGUUUUUGUUCUAGUUUUACUGGUACAGAGGACAAGCAGCGGGACUACACAUGUAUUCCUAGUUUUCAAGGUUUCCAAAGAAUUACAGAGCGUUCUUUCUUAUAGUUGCCUCUUGUGUUGGUGUUCCUUUUUUAUGUGACCCCCAGAACUCUGGCAGUUCACCUGUCAUUGCCCAGGCUGGAUGUGAAGACCGGGGAGGGAAGGCCAACUGCGUCCCCUGCUCCCAGUCUUACAGGCCUGGGUGGGAAGGAGAGUUUCAAUGCCCUGAAAGCACAGAGCGCUGUUGUUGUUUCUAGAAUUGACUACUUGUAUUACACUGUGUUCAAACAUCUCUGUGCCUUCCUUUGAAAUAAUUUGAAUGUAAUGAUCAUAUUAUUAGAGUAAAAAUGUUUUGAAAGUGA